AGUUUCGGGUAGCAUGGCUUUGGAAACCGAUACUAUUGCGAAGGAAUGUUACGAUUUUGCCUCCACUAUAGAACAUAGUAAACUGGUCAUAGCGAAUGAACCCUUAACGAUAUGUGGCUCCGAUAGCUCUGAAGAUGAGUGCACAAUUGUCAGCGAGUCAUGUUCAAAACCAGAUCAACUCGUCCAAAAUUUUGAUAUACCGGACAUAGUAUUCGAUGGUAAUAAUUUUCAAUUUAGUGGUAAACAAGGAUCUUCCAAUUCAAAGGCAAACUUGUCCCUUACUGACCAUAAUGUUAAAGAUGGAUUGGCUGUUCUAGAAAUUUUAUGUUCUCACAACGUCGUCGAUUGUCCAGAGUUCGUUGACAUUGCUAAUGUGACAGGAGUUUUAGAAGCACAAAACUUGAUUGAAGAUACAGAAGUCCUGGAGCUGAGUGAUGAUGACGAUGACGUUGUGUUUGUUAAAGAAUAUAAGGAAGUCAAGAAAGCGUCACCUGAGAGAAUUGUUGAUUAUCCUGCUGAUGAUAAUGAGCUUCUCAAGAUCAGGAGAAAUCCAGUCAGGAAUGCGAGGAACAAAUCUAGGGAUCUGUCGAAGGACUUGCUGUACGAAGAAGAUUUCGCUAUUUUGGAUGUAAGCGAUAAUGAAUUGGAAAAAAAAGAAAAUAAGCCCCCAGAAAAAAAAUCUACAGCUUCGUCACAGUUGCCUAAGGAAUGGCCCGUAAACGUCCACGAGCGCCCCGAGUAUAAUUCGGCAACAAAUACUAUAGAACCCCUAGAUUACACAAUAAGGGACAUUCAGAGAAAAACAGCUGCCAAGAAGAUCAAGAUUGAUGCAUCCGUUGUUCAGAAGAAGGGAAAGAAAAAAGCCAUCAAACGCCGAAGGAAACCCCGCGCUGUACCUGAAGUAGAAAAAGUGCCUUUAGAAACUUUGAAGCCCUUAGUUAAUUCAACAACUGAUAUGCUGAAGGACUUUUUCAUUAAAAGCAAACAGCAUAAAGAUCUCACUAAUUUUACGUCUGAUAUUUGUACGUUUGAGAACAAGGUAGCAAUUUUGAGAAAUCAAGCUCUGUUAUUUUCUGUCGUAAAUAACUUAGACCAAAAUGAGGUUGUAGAAAAAUUUAAGCAAUUAAAUGUAGAGAUUGAGGCCAAAGACUGAAUAUUGAUAAUAUGUAUGAUAACCGAGAGAAAUGUUUUUAAGUUCCUUCUAUUUUUAGUUCGUUAAUAGUAAGUUUUGUGAUGUUUAUAUCGGCAUUUUAAAUAAAGAUUUUUGUUUUAAUUACAA